AUGUUGUUAUUGCCAUUAUUUAUUAUUCUUGGAAUAGUUCUAUUUGGAUUUAUUGUAUAUAAAAUAGCUGAUCAUUAUGCACAUCGAUAUUUAGGUUUUAAUUCAAUUGAUCAUAAUCCUAUAUCUAUACCUGAAUCAUCAUUUGCUCCUGUAUUAGUAUGUGUACUUGGUUGGGGAGGAUGUAAACGUCGACAAUUACGACGUUUACUUAAUUUUUAUUCAUCACAUCAUAUUCCAACUGUAUCAUGGACUAAUCCAAUGUUUAAUUGUUUAUUUGGCAUUGAUAUUAAACAAAUUGAACAUCUACUUGAUAUUCUUUUUCAUGAAAGUCAAACAUCAAAUAAAAUUAUUAUUAUACAUUUACAUUCAAAUAAUGGUGCACUUGUUUGGUCUUAUAUGCUUAAUAUAAUGAAAACAAAUGAACAUUAUAAUCAAUUAUUAUCAAAUAUCAAAGGUAUUAUAUUUGAUUCAGCACCAUUUGUACGUUUCAAUAAUACAUCAAAUUGGAUUAUUGUAUCAGCUAUUGGUACAUCUCAACCAUGUGUUAGUAUUAUAUUAAAUCAAGCACGAUAUUUUCAUUUAUAUUGGACACCAUUAAUGAUUUAUUAUUUAUUUAUACGAUAUUUUUAUCUACGUUAUUUUUCAUCAUAUUCAUAUUCAGCACGAGAUAAAAUACGAGAACUUCUUACUAAUAUACCAACAAAUAUUAAACAAUAUUAUCUAUAUAGUACUGCUGAUCGUUUGAUUUCAUCUAGUUCAAUUGAGAAAUUUAUGGCUAUACAAGUUGAACGUGGCAUUCAUGUUAUGUCUCAUCGAUUUGUUGAUUCGGGACAUGUCAAUCAUUUUCGUUUACAUUCAAUAGAAUAUGGAAAAUUCAUUUUAGAUUUUAUUUCAAAUAUUGAAAAAGAUAAUUUGUCGGAUAAAUUAAAUUAG